AUGGGCACCGAUGAUGUGUUUGCAAUUCUUCAUGUUUUAAUGAAGAGUAGCAAUAACAGCUCAUUGUACUUGGCUGGUAUGAGUAUGGUCACAGGUAUGCAAUUAGACACAACCAAUUCUAUCAAAAUACUACAAGAAUUACAGGCUUUUACCAAUAUAUUCACAACAACAAAUAAUGGCAGGCCUCUACUUUUCGAUACCCAUGAUCCAAAAGGUUUAAUUCCAGCUGAAAGCCAUUCCUUUUUGGAGGGAGAUUGGUAUGUAAAGAGGUGGAAAGAAAGAGAGGAAAAUUUGGAUAAAUUAUUAGGAUUGCCUCCGCUCUAUGGAAAUGAAACAAACUUGAUGAAAGUUGUGAGCGGAAAGGAUUUUACAAAUGAAAUGUUCAAACUUUUAAGUAAUUACAGAAAUGAUCCAAUCUCAAUCUUGGCAAUUGGUCCCCUCACUAAUAUAGCAAGAUUAGUAAUUGAGAGUGGUGGUCAUAAUUUACUGAAAGAAACAGUAAACCAAAUUGUGGUUAUGGGAGGGGGAGUAAAUAUAAAAGAUACGAGUAAUGAAAUGAAUGGUGCUGAAUGGAAUUUUUAUUGCGACUCUAUAUCUGUAGAAAUUGCAUUGAAUUACUUUAGUGGAAGAAUUGUUUUGUUUGAUUUACUAGUUGCUAAUUUAGACGUUGUAAAUGAUACAAAUGCUCAAGAUAUUUUGAAUUAUGCAUCUAAAUUCAAUUACAAGACAACUUCAAUUCCUCAUUUCAUGUCAGAAUUAUUGAAAAUGUCAAGAGCAUCUGCAACAUUUGAUCUUGUAGCAUCAUUUUACUUUACUAAUCCUGAAUUAUUCACUUUUGAAAGCAUUUGUGUUGAGAUUUAUACUCAAUUUCCAAAACAAGGAAUUAUCAAACAAGUAGACUGUUCAAUCUCAUCACGAAUAAUGGUCAAGAGAGCUGUUUCACUAAAUAGAAACGCCUAUUUGCAACAUGUCAAGGAUUUAUUCACUCCCACAACAUUCAAAAACAAUCAAUAA